UUUUUUUUUAUUUCUAUAUAACCUUCUCCUUUUUUUUUUUCCUUUUUACAAUGAAGUAUAUCCUUUGCCCCUUUUAUUUGCAUGUUAAAUAAUAAUAAUAAAUAUCAUCUUUCUAUUCAUUUCUUUUACUCAUUGACAUUUUCUUUCUUUUUUAUAAUGACAUCUCUACAAAAGAGAUAUUUUAAAAACUUAAAAAUUCAAACUAUACAAAAUCAGAUAAAGAAUACAGGCCACCAAUAUUGGGCACAGAUUUAUAGUUCACUCUUUUGGAUCAUUUCUGCUCUAAUAAAUCAUUGGAAAUUACAACAGCAUAUCAAGAAUGAUAAUGAUAAUGAUAGUAGAAAAGUAAUGACGAUACAAAAUGUAUCCUUACACAAAGAGAAUAAGAAAUCCCUUGCAACUGGUUAUGGCCAACAACAACAUCUCUCUCUACCUUUAAAGAAAAAGGAAAGAUCAUCCUUAUUUAAAACUUAUAUUCUAUCAUUGAAAUCAAAAAAGAAGCAGCACUCUAAUAACAAUAAGCUAGGAAGAAAGCCUUUAUGUGUAUUACAUCGAUUAAGUAAUAAUGAGUCUGUCUAUGCUAAUAUAGAAAACAGUCCUCCUCCUCCUCCUCUUCUUCUUGCUACGACUCAUCAUAUAAAUAAGUCCACUUUAUUAAAAUCCUUUUCAUUUAAAUUAAAACGACAACGACAACCAAAUAAUUCUCUAUUUAAUGUGGAAGAAAAUCAUCAUCAACUUCAACUCAAGUCUCGUCUUUUACUUUCCAACUUUAGAAGAAGGAAAACUUCAGUACCUUAAAAAAAAAGAAAAAAAAAUUAUCACAUGUUCUUGUCUGUUACUCAUCAAAUACAAUAAUAAAU